UUCUGCUUGCGGGCCUUUCAAACAUGGAGGAGCGCGAGUGGGGGGCGAGGUCGGCUCGCGCCGGCAGCCCAGCCAGCCCGCCCAGCCCGCGGCUGGACGUCAGCUCCUACAGCUUCGACCCGCUGCUGGCCUUGUACGCACCUCGCCUGCCGCCCAUUCCCUACCCCAACGCGCCCUGCUUCAACAACGUGGCGGAGUACGAGAGCUUCCUGAAGGGCGGGCGCACCGGGCGCGGUCGGGCUCGGGGCACGGGGGAGCCGGCCUCGGCGGGAACCUCCACCGGAACCUCCACGGGAGCCGGGAGCUCGUCCAGGGCCCGUCGCCGCGCCGCGCCCACCCCGGAUCCCGAGCGCAUCCAGCGCCUGCGCCGGCUCAUGGUGGUCAAGGAGGACACGGACGGCACGGCCGGAGCGCGACGCCAGGGCCCGGGGCGCAGCAAGAAGGCACCCCGCAAUGUGCUUACGCGGAUGCCUUUGCAUGAAGGUAGCCCUCUGGGUGAACUGCACCGCUGCAUCCGAGAGGGAGUCAAGGUGAACGUUCACAUCCGCACCUUCAAGGGACUCCGCGGUGUCUGCACUGGCUUCCUCGUCGCCUUCGACAAGUUCUGGAAUAUGGCCCUCACUGACGUGGAUGAGACCUACCGUAAACCUGUCUUAGGAAAAGCAUACGAACGGGAUUCUUCGCUGACUCUCACUAGGCUAUUUGAUCGGCUGAAACUUCAAGAUUCCUCCAAAAAGGAAGCGGAUUCCAAAUCUGCAGUUGAGGACUCCACCCUGUCUCGAUACUCCCAAACAUCUACUUGGAAGGUGGCUUCGGUAUGGGGACGAGGGGACACUGACCGGAGCUCACACAGGCGCUCCCGCUCCGUCCCUUCUUCCCUGCAGGCAUCUGCAAGGGAGGAGUCCAGGUCUGAGCUGUCAGGGAGGACUACACGGACAGAAGGGUCCAGUGUGGGAGGUACCUUCUCCAGGGCCACCACCCUUUCACGGGGCCAGUCCCGUAAGAAAAAGCGAAAGCCCAAGGUGGAUUACCAGCAGGUAUUCACUCGGCACAUAAAUCAGAUUUUCAUUCGAGGCGAGAAUGUCCUGCUGGUCCAUCUGGCCCAGUGAGCAGCUCAGCCCACGUGACCUUUGGGUUGUAGAAAUAAAGUGCAUGAACUGUUCUCUGCUAUAUCCUAGUCUCCCACACAGUGCGAGUCGGAGUGAGUCCCGCUGGUCCUGCCCAUGCAGGGCACAGAGCUGGCUCACCCUCUGGAAGGACAGGUCAGCAGGACUAACCAGGCAGAAGCCAUUCACAGGACAGGCUCUGACGGGCUGUCACUGGCUGCUCGAGUCUCCAGCGUAAGCGCUUCACUUUGACUUAGGGUCAUAGUACGAGGGGAAUCCACUCCGUGGAAACCUCGGAAUGUCUGAGAAGGGAUAAUUUCAUUUCUAAAAGCUCUGAGCACCGUGAGUUUGAUCUCGAGAUGAUCAUGUUUGAGCGAUGUAAAGUGCCCAAGAUCCUGCACCCAUAUCUUGGAACUUAUCUUUGUUCUACAUCAUUCUCUCUUGAUCAAGAAAUGAAAUUUCUUAAUCCUUGAAUAUUAGUAAGGUCCAGGAAAGUUACCAGCUGAUGGCGGAGUGAAGCUCAGCUCGGUGGUCGCUCAGAGCAGCCAGUGGUCCCCUCUGCUCUGUUCCCUCCUCCUGUGGGAAGGGACUCGGAAGCUUGUCUGCCCCUCACCAGAGGUGGCCUCUGCACAUGGCACACCAGCCGGGGCUGUACCGCACUCGUGGUGGCUUGUUGUCCUCUCGACUCCUGUGGCAUGGUGCUAGUGCAUGUGACCUGUGCUGUUGUCACCCCAUGUGUUGUGUGUGACCUGUCCUCGUGUGCCCUUGGUGUCUGACUUCAGAGAGUCCUACAUGAACUCAGUAAUCCACAUCUCUCACACAGCUGAGAGUCACCUUUCCAGGCGGGCCUGGCCUUGUGUAGAAAGUCUCUGGGAAUGGUGUUACGUGAAAGAGGGAUUCCCGUGUCAAGCCAGUGAGGGUCUUAGAAAGAAGGACGGGUGUGUCCCAAGGGCACUUGACUCCCGUUUGUGCUUGAGUAUCAGGAAUACCAAAGGGCCCAGGGUGCUCCUACUUGAAUUAUCUCACUGUCUGCUUUUCAAUCACUAGUACAGAAUGGGCUGCAUUUUGACAUAGACUGUUAGGCACCAUUGACUUAUAAAGUUUUGUUUAUAGUUGCUCUAUCUCAGAUAACUUAUGUUCAAAAGGAGAAUGAAGCCGGGCAUGGUGGCGCAUGCCUUUAAUCCCAGCGCUUGGAGGCAGAGGCAGGUGGAUUUCUGAGUUCGAGGCCAGCCUGGUCUACAAAGUGAGUUCCAGGACAGCCAGGGCUCCACAGAGAAACCCUGUCUCGGGGAAAAAAAAAAAAAGAGAGAGAGAGAGAGAGAGAGAGAAUGAGAAGUAGCUAGCUAGUUCAAAUGUAUAUGUGUGUGUAUGCAUAGAGCAUCUCCCCUGCCGGGUGUGUGAAUAACAUUGAAGCCCUCUGAGAAAGCAGGGCAAAUAGGGUGUAAGGGGCUUGGUUUUUCUGUUAGCUUGGACCACUGCCUCAUCAGACAAUAUCAGCAGAUGUGCCUCAGUUUCCCCAUCAGACACCUACCUCACCAGGGCAUUGUGGCAGAAUUUUAGGAAGGCAUUGUACAGCCUCUAAGCAUAUCUAAGUGCCAUGAAUACAUUUUCCCUACUCUAUAGCAUAGCUCUGUAAAACUUGUCCUGUGAGCGAGGCAGGUGCUAUCUGAGAGAGGGAUCUUGCAGCUGUCAUUUCUGGUCUUGUAGCCUUCAUCAGAGGCUGUUUUCCAUGAUCUGGUCCUUCCUCCAGAAAGAAGCAGGAGUUCUCAGAGGAACACGUCCUUCCAUCCAGGAGAAAGUGACUUUCUGUCUGCGGCUGCUCCACAUCCCGGGCCUGCUUUUCAAGGGUAUCUGUUCUGAUACUGAAGGGAGAGUAUGCAUCUAAAAACAGCACUGUUCCCCAAGGGGGUGUUCUGGGCUUCUCUCUCUUCUCACUUUACCUGUUUUUAUUUCUGCUUGUAUCUAAGUGUGAAGGCAGGGCAGGUACACUGAGUCUGGAAGCUCUGGGUGAGGCUCGGAGCUUGAAGCUCUUUGAUCCUGAAGUUUGAAUUCCCCUCUGCCUCCCGGCCUGGGCUUGUUCUCAGGUCAGCCGCUGCUUUGUUCACUAUCAGUCUGGAGUGACUCUAUCUCCAGCAGUGCUCCCUGAGUGGCAGUGUUCCCUCAUCCACCCUGUUGCCCCUUAGCUAGAAGCUGUAAUGGAUGCUCUUUUCCUCCGAUUAUGUAGAAAUGUGCAUUCAAAAGGAAUAGAACGAAUUUCUGUCAUCCCGGUGACCCUCCUGGUGCCGGGCUCUUGUUGUCAUAAAGUUCUCCCAUAUUUCUAUAAGGAUGGAUUUAUAAUUUUCCCCUCAACAUGGCAACUCUCUCUGUGAAAAUUUAAAUUGUGUGUGUUCUAUCUUUAGAUCCCCUCCAUUUAUUUGUUUAAUUUGGGUGGUGAUUCUGAAAUGAAUACUCUCUAGGAAAUGUGCAAUUUCAUGGUAAUUAUUUUUUAGAAAAGUCAAUUUAAUAAAUUAUCGCCUUUAGCAUUGUAACAGUUUUCAAAAAUAAAGAAAAGUAGGUCCUAAUGAUGUAUUGCUUCCCCGAAAUGGUAUCACACAGGUCAUCCAUGAAUCGCUGUAGUGGCUAGGGGUAUGUGGGACUGCGGCACUGGACUGGGUGCUUCAUGGUGGGCCCUGUGCUCUGUUAAUGAGUCCCUGGCAUGGAUGGAUGAAUACCUGAGUCACCAGCUGAAGUGUCCCUUAUGAGGAAAGAAGAGGCCAGGGACUAGAAGAUGCACCCCUUUCCUCCUGGGAGCCCCACGCUUCAGGAGUAGACUAGAGCCACCUCACUUGUGUUCCGUGGGGUUACAUUUGCUUAAGGAUACACCUUACUUUUUAAUAAAUGGUUUUGAUUGUUCAAACUAAUUUCUAGCUACCUGAAUAAUUCACAGAUUAUAGCUUAUUUUUAAUUAAUUUAUUUAUUUUGAAACAGUUUCACUGUGUCUGCCUGACUGGUCUGAAACUCACUAAGUAAACCAGGCUAGUUUCAAACACAGAUCUGCCUGCCUCUGCCUGCCAAUGCUCCAACUGAAGAGGCGACCUCUCACCCUGUGGCUCCGCCGUUAAGAGUGACCAGCUUAGCCACAGUUCUGGUGCUCAGCUUGAAGACAAGUCACAGGUGGGCAAGUAUCACUGCCUGAACAGGGCUGUUAAAGGUCCAUGCUCAAAUACAAGGGAGACAACAGAUAGGACAGGACAGGGCUCUGGGUGCUGUCCAGGGACUAAGGAAUACAGCUAAAUAAACCAAGGGGGCUAGGCCCAGUCAGCCAUUGUACAGAGGCCCAGAUUUCUGUAUGUGUCGUGGUCAAUGGCUGGGUUGACAGAGUGGUCUGCCUGUUUGUUGUCUGUGCUCAGCUUGCAGAAGCUGCCAGCUGUGCUCACACCACCACCUGGGACAACCACUCGUUGGUCAAGUUCAGACACCAUCCAUGGAGGUUGCAGGAAAGCUGGGGAAGGUUAUGAGUGGGAAUACUGUUUCGAAAGUAUCGUGCAUUAAAUGGGCAGUGUUAAUGUAGAACCAGGGUUCUACCACAUGCAAGUCUGUGUCCACAGAGCCGUUCUUGAACUCCGUAUCAGUACAGCUUUCACCUGGGUUGUCCGUUGUAGUGUCUGGGAAGCUUGAGGGUUCCCUUCUUAGGACCAGCGGGUGGUUUGUGAAAUGCUUAGCUGGUUAGCAUCCGAGGUGAGGGUCUGAAGGAGUCUCUCUGUCUUCUUCUUUCUUUGCCUGAUGCACAUCAAGGUAGAGUGCAUUCCGGUGUGGGUGCCAAUGAACUAGCUGCGAGCUGCUGUCAGAGUGGGAGCAGACUCAUCAGCCUUGGCAGAGAAAGAGUGCCCUUCAGGCUGUCAGGUCACGAGCUCCGAGCUGCCCUUAGUCCUUGUCAGCCUCACAGAGGUCUGCGCCCGACACUUCUGCCCUUUGAGACAAAAGAAACAGGCCCAGCACGAGUGGAAGUGGGUGUCUGUGUUUCUGUUUGCACUGUUUCUGUGACAGCCACCCAGGCAAAAUCAUGAAAUACACUCGGUUCUGUAAAUUGCUUCUUUAAAUGUCCCGUAGAUUCUUCCUGUAGGAAAACGUUACAAGUAUUCAAAGACAGCUAGCUGUCACUGGUGCUCCCCCCAAAGCGUUUCACCCCCUUCUGUGCAUCUUAGGAAUGAAAUGGUUGCUGUGUGCAGGUCAGGUUAAUGGAAGAACGAGUCUGGUGGUAUAGCGUGGUUUGAGAGAUGUCUUUCAGUUUUCUUUUCCUGCAUCAUACCUGGAAUGCAUGCAGCCUGCUGUUGGUACCCUGCUCACCUGUGUCUUUCUUACCCAGGAGGCUUCUCUCAGUGGUUGGAAGUAAAACCAUCUCAAUGGGCCUAUACAGGAAAGGCUGUUAAUUUAAGUCUGUCGUUACUUUCUGGCGAAUUUAACAUAAGCCUUGGGCACCUGUCACAAUUUUCUAAAGAUGGUUUGGGCUUCCUUACCUCCCAGUGUGAAGUGUUUCAAAUGUCUGUCAGUUCUCUUGCACGGUCCUAAUAAAAGUGAAAGCCCUCUGUCACGAAACAACAUGGGUGGUCCAAAGAUCAGGGGCAAGACAACUCAGCACACCUGGAACCCUUGGGGUCUUUAAGCAGCCGUGUCCAGGCUUCCUGAGAACACCGGCUGCAAACACGGGCAUCCCGGGGAAAGCUGGGAGUUUGGUUCCUGGCACAUUGCAAUCACUUGAUUGUGAGUCCUUGGGAGCAAAUGCCUGAUGCUGUAUUUUCACAACUCUGAGGAAACGUCUGGGAACUCCUAGGGGUAGGCGAUUGACUGCCUGAUUUUAGAGCAGGGAGCCCGGCCCCUUCUUUUGUCUUCCUGGCAGGAAAGCAAGACAGUGAGCCAUGCCCUAAAACACUCACACCUGUAAACCCAGUCCUUAGGAGACUGAGGCAGGAGGAUCCCUGUGAGUUCCAGGCCAGUCUAAGCUGCAGAGGGAAAGCGUCUCAAAAAAAAAAAAAAAAACCAAACCAACCAAACAAACAAAAAAACAAAGCUAAAAUGACAGCAACCAAAAGUAAUUUGCUUAUUCAGUGGGCAUGUAAAGAGUCUGGCCACCAUGUCCCCUCUGCACCGUGACUUGGUGAUGGCUUUGUGGACAUGGCUGAAGCUGGAUGAGAUGUCCAGGAGUGCUCAUACAGCGACUGACGUAAGGACCCCCGACCGACCUCAUCUUGUUAAGUUAACGGAGACCCUUCUUGUUGAAGGGGCCUGCUGCUAGUAACCUUUGCAAUGUUCUGCUUUUAAUAUGUGUCAAAUGGGAGUCUGGAAACUGUAAUAAAGAUGAUUGUAUCCA